AUGUGGGCACCAUCAAAAUAUGUUUGUGCACGUCCUGCAAUCAAUUUACAGGCUUAUGCACAAAUAUCUGGUGCUGAGUAUAUUCAGGAGAAUAACAUGCUCCAGUUUAAGUCAAUAGAUGACGCUACAUCGUUUAUUGGCAAUUUCAAUCCACAACAUGGAAAUAAUGUCAUAUUAUAUUACGCAAGACCACCUAAUAUUAACUUGAAUAUUAAUACUAACCUUGUUAUGUAA